AUGAACACUGGCCAAAAUACGUCGCCGACUCAACUUAGAGUUGGCUCCCCUAUUGCGCCUGGGCAAUCCUUGGGGACAUCUUCACGGGCGAACAACUCAACGCCCUUUGCGCCGUCAUCAAAGGCAGACCUAGGGGCUAUGGCUGCUGCAUCCUUCCCCAGCUCAUCCGCCACCGCACUUUCGAGCGCAUCUGUCACCGCACUUCCCCCCUCAUCUCUCGCCGCAAUUCACGGCCCAUCUACUACCGCAUUUGCCAGCUUAUCAAGUUCAUCACGCUCAUCACCGGCCUUCCGUUUCGCCACCUCUAGCCAAACACCGCGUUCCUACACUGGAAACGGGCAGGGUAAUGCUGACUUCACUGUGCCUGUCGGCACCCGCGGCCCCUUCUCCAACUACCCUUUGUCGUCCACAGUUCAGGUCCUGAUUCGCGGCCUCCCGCUUGGCUCCACGGAGCAUACUGUUCGGCCGAGGCUAUCCUGGAUGAAAGAGCUUGUAGAUGUCGAGCUUCUCCCUCCCGAAGAGUCCCAAGACAGUGGUUUCUGCACUGCGGUCCUCCGCUUCAAGACAAUCAAUGGCGCCGACCACGCCAAGAUGAAAGUUGAGGAAUGGGCCCGCGACCCCUCCACUGAUACCGGGAUGAUUGUCCAAAUCAUCCACCCGAGCAGCCUGCGCGGCCUCACCUAUGGAGGUGCGCCCCGGGCAGGGGCCAACGGUUACAUUCCCACCACUGCUGCGCCUGGUGGUCCCUCUGCCCGCCAGCAGCCCCAGCAUCCGGCACCUUUUCAAUCCCUCGACAACUCGUCUCCCCCCGGCAUCUACUCCGGCGCUGAGUUUGUACCUGGUGACUCAGCGUUCCGCGGCAGCGACCUGGGGUACCGCGGCUUCUUCUCCCCACAGUCGCCAAUUGGAAACCAUCUUAACCACGAUCGGAAUCAGCCUUCGAGCAAGUCUCUGAUAUCUAGUGAUAGCAACGACGACGAUGACACUAGUAGUCUCUUGAAGGACCCUAUUGCAUUUGCCGAGAACAACCCCCCGCAAAGCAGCUCGUACGGCCGACGAGCCACUGCACCGCAGAUUCCCAUCGGUCAAAUGGCUGGCCUCUCGCUCAACCUCACCAACUCCUCUGGCCCUCCCCAGAUGCCGCAGCAUACGCAGUCGCUUCGCCGGUCCCCGCCAACUAACAAUGGGAAUGUCAACGCGGCCGCCAUGGCCUUCCACUCUGCUCCUCCGCCUCCUUCUGGACCUCCUUCUGGACCCCCUUCUGUUCCACACUACGCGCGUCACUCUUUUCCCCCUGUGAACCCGGCGGACCAGAACCCGCCGUGCAACACGCUGUACGUCGGAAAUCUGCCCAUGGACGUGUCCGAGGAGGAGCUCAAGGCGCUGUUCUCCAAGCAGCGAGGCUACAAGCGCCUGUGCUUGCGUACCAAGCAGAAUGGCCCCAUGUGCUUCGUUGAGUUCGAAGAUAUCACGUACUCGACUAAGGCUCUUAAUGAACUAUACGGAAUGCCUUUGAAAAACAGCGGCAAGGGCGGCAUUCGUUUGAGCUUUUCUAAAAACCCCCUUGGGGUUAGAUCUGCGCCCCCCAAUCAGACUCAAUCCACGCAGUUGCACAACGGCAACGUCAAUGGCCUCGUCAACGGACUGACCAAUAGCUUCACCACCAACGGGCCGCCUCCGGGCCUGUCCGCACCUCCUGGUCUGGGGAAUGGGCGCUCCGGCAUGAACGCCAAUGCUAAUAGCCUGCUCAGCAACCAGCGAGCACAACUUGGCUACCAGAGCUACCAAGUGCCCGCGCCCAGCAACAGCCCUUGGAAUACAUCUUCCUACUCCAAUGGCGUUGCGAGUGGCGGCUCCAGUGGUACUAAUGCCUCUAUCAAUGGACGCGCCAUCGGCAACGCCUACGCCUACAAUGGUGACUCUAAUAACCGCCAUGGCAUUGGCAACGGUCUUGGCUACAACAAUGACUCUAAUAACAGCCAUGGCGUUAACAACAGCAAUGCUUACAACAAUGACUACAAUAAUGGUCAUGGCGUUAACAACGGUAAUGCUUAUAACAAUGACUAUAAUAAUGGUCAUGGCAUUUACAACGCGCACGGCAUCAACAGUGGACAAGGCAUCAACGGACACGGCAUCAACAGCGGCAUCAAUGGACAUGGCAUCAACAACGGUUACGGCAUCAGCAGCAAUCAUAGCAUCAACAACAGCUACGGCUAUAACAAUGACCAUAUGAGCAACGGCGAUAACAAUCUCAGCAACGGACACAUCAGCAACGGCGACAACAAUCUUAACAACGGACAGAUUUCCAAUCCCUCCGGUCCCUUUGGGGCCCGCUACAUAAACGGCCAUUAA